AUGACAGACACGGACAAGGUGCACGAUAUUAAUGGCGAAUGCUGUGGCACUGCCAUCUAUUCAGCUUCAGAUUCAACAUACUUGUGCUGCGAUGGCAACCUGUCGAGAACCAUCGCGCCAACGGACAAAUGUUGCGGUACAAUGGCGUACGAUGGUGGCUUGCAGCAGCUGUGCUGUGGCGAUCGGAUAUCAGAGAAGGACCAUGCAGAUUCAUGCUGCAAACUCAACAAUGGUACUUUCGUCGAGUAUAUGGCACAGACUCAUUUCUGCUGCAAUGGAGCUAUCCCGAAAGAUGUCGGGCUUGCUUGCUGCUACUUGUGGAUCGACGGUGAAACGAGGGCUGAAUCGUACAACACCAACACCCAGUGCUGUCAACAUCCUUAUGACAUACUUUAUCCAAAAAUCAAUGGCACCUGUCAGGAGGAACAGUAG